ACGGGGUGGAGGCAGAGGCGGCGACGCCAUCCCCCGGGCUCCGCGCGCCGGGACUUGGACGCACGGGCGCGACCUCCCGCACGGGCGCGGGACCCCCGAGCGCGCCCCCCGCAGCCGAGCGCGUUCUCCGCGCCCGCGCCCCCGCGGCCCCCGCUCCUGCUUCCCCAGCGGCUCCCUGCGGCGGGGGCGCGUCCCUCCGGCCGCUCCCAGAAAAUUCUUGGCAGACUGAAGGGAAGGCUGUUUGGCCCUGCCUGGGCUUCCCAUUUUCUGCAGGACUGUGUUUGCUUCCCCAGCUGGAAAAACUGCACAGAAAAUCUAAUGGAUGAAGAUGAGAAAGACAGAGCAAAGAGAGCUUCUCGAAAUAAGUCUGAGAAGAAGCGUCGGGACCAGUUCAAUGUUCUCAUCAAGGAGCUCAGCUCCAUGCUGCCCGGGAACACGCGCAAAAUGGACAAGACCACCGUGCUCGAGAAGGUCAUUGGCUUCCUGCAGAAACACAACGAAGUCUCAGCACAAACAGAAAUCUGUGACAUUCAACAGGAUUGGAAACCUUCAUUCCUGAGCAAUGAAGAAUUCACCCAGCUGAUGUUGGAGGCCCUGGACGGCUUCAUCAUCGCAGUGACCACGGAGGGCAGCAUCCUGUACGUCUCCGACAGCAUCACCCCACUCCUCGGGCACUUGCCGUCGGAUGUCAUGGAUCAGAAUUUGUUAAAUUUCCUUCCCGAGCAAGAACACUCCGAAGUGUACAAGAUCCUUUCCUCCCAUCUGCUCGUGGCGGAUUCCCCCACCCCGGAAUACUUAAAAUCUGACGACGAUCUAGAGUUUUAUUGCCAUCUUCUCAGAGGCAGCUUGAACCCAAAGGAAUUUCCAACUUACGAAUACAUAAAAUUUGUAGGAAAUUUUCGCUCUUACAACAAUGUGCCUAGCCCCUCCUGUAAUGGCUUUGACGGUGCGCUCCCGAGGCUGCCACUGGGGAAGGACGCCUGCUUCAUCGCCACGGUGCGCCUGGCCACGCCGCAGUUCCUGAAGGAAAUGUGCGUCGUCGAUGAGCCUUUGGAGGAAUUCACUUCCAGGCAUAGCUUGGAAUGGAAAUUUCUGUUUCUGGAUCACAGAGCCCCUCCCAUCAUUGGGUACCUGCCGUUCGAAGUCCUGGGCACGUCGGGCUACGAUUACUACCACAUCGACGACCUGGAGCUCCUGGCUCGAUGCCACCAGCACUUGAUGCAGUUUGGCAAAGGCAAGUCCUGCUGCUACCGGUUCCUGACCAAAGGGCAGCAGUGGAUCUGGCUGCAGACCCGCUACUACAUCACCUACCACCAGUGGAACUCCAAGCCCGAGUUCAUCGUGUGCACGCACUCGGUCGUCAGCUAUGCAGAUGUCCUCGUGGAGCGACGGCAGGAGCUGGCUCUGGAAGAGCCCCAGCCAGAAGCCCUGCACCCCCCAGUCCUGAAGGACAAAGGCUCGAGCCUGGAACUUCAGCAGCACUUUAACCCCCUUGACGUGGGCACGUCGGGCCUUAGCACCAGUCACUCACCAUCGGCCUCCUCCAGAAGCUCCCGCAAAUCCUCGCACACAGCCGUGUCGGACCCCCCCUCCACUCCGAGCAAGCUGAUGGCCGAGGCCAGCCCCACGGCUUUGCCAAGACCAGACCUCCCCGUGCCGGGGCUCUGCCAGGCAGCCACGAUGCCGGGCCCCCUGCACCCCGCGGCCUGUGACCGCACACAGCAGCUCCUGCCUCGGGCCGCCCUGCAGAGCCCACCCACGCCCGUGGCACAGUUUUCAGCUCAGUUCAGCAUGUUCCAGACCAUCAAAGAUCAGCUGGAGCAGCGGACGCGGGUGCUACAGGCCAAUAUCCGGUGGCAACAGGAGGAGCUGCAUAAGAUCCAGGAGCAGCUGUGCCUGGUCCAGGAUUCCAGUGUGCAGAUGUUCCUGCAGCAGCCGGCCGCGUCCCUGAGCCUCGAGGGACAGCAGCCGCUCCCGCCGAGGCCGGCCACACGCCCGCAGCUGCAGCUGCCCGGACAGAUGCCCCCCGCCCCAGCCACAGCCCCGCAGCUGCUUCGAGACGCCAGCGUGAUGCUCACCCAGGGCCAGAAGCCGGUGAGAAGCCCCCAGCUCCCGCAGGCCAGCGGGCAGCUGCCCUCCCCAUUCAGCAGCGCCGAGCCUGGGCUCCCCCCGGGGCACCUGAGCGCGCCAGCCCCUGCCAGCCAGGACGCCAGCCAGUGCCAGCCCAGCCCAGACUUCAGCCACGACCGCCAGCUCCGGUUGCUGCUGAGUCAGCCCAUCCAGCCCAUGAUGCCCGGGUCCUGCGAGGCGCGGCCGCCCUCCGAGGCCAGCAGGACUGGACGGCCAGCCAACAGGUAUGCGCCGAGCCAGGCACUGUUUCAGAGUGCCGACGUGCCCCGGUCCAGCAGUGGCCCCUCGGCCCCCGUGUCUCUGAUGGGGCAGGCCGUGCUCCACCCCAGCUUCCCUGCUGCCCAGCUGUCACCCCUGCAGCCCGGACAGGCCCAGCCGCAGCCUCAGCACUUCCCACAGGUGCAGGCGGCAGCCUCGCUGCACGGCGAGCCCCAGGACGCACUGCUCCUCUCCACCUACCCAGCGCCGCCUUCCCGCCCGGCCCGGAGGCUCAGCGGCCUGUCCGAAGCCUCGGGCCCCCAGCAGACCCCCCGGUAGUGACCUGGCACCUCGAUCUGCUCACAUCAGCUUUAAGUGCUGCCCAGGCCUGAGGGAGUCGGAGGAGGGGCUGGAGGCCUGUGUGCAGACGCGGGAACCUGGGCGGCAGACAGCCCUGCGUCCAGCCGGGAGCCCGGCCCGGGCACUCACCAGCCAGCCCGGACAGGGCCGCACCUCCCACAGCACCUGGCAGCUGCGGCCCACGCUGCCAGCGGCCUUCAUGCCGAUCCUCUUUCCUCUGCAUUGUAGAAGCUCCGAUCAGAGCUCUGCGGACCGGGGGAAGAAAGAGGUUCUGUCCCAUUAUGUUUCAGUGGCUAUUCUUGUUCGCACAGCUGCCCAGAGGAGAAAAUGUCAGCACUUUGCUUAGAAACAGAAAGUUCUCGUGACUUCCUGGGGACCCCAGCCAGCAAGUUGAAGAGCAGAGCUGGGUGGUCCUGAGCCUGACUGCAGACCCUCCCCCCUGUCCUCCCACCCCACGCCCUGCCUCAAUGCCCCUCUGGGGGAUUUUGUGUCCCCUACACACUGGACUGUUUCCUGUUGCCGUCACUGAUUGCGACUAAGAACGGAGAACUCAGCGAAGCACCAUCAUGGUACUGAUGUCUCAGUCAGCCAGGAGCUCUAAGGCUCUGAGAGGAGGGAGAGAUGCCGGGCCGGAACCACCCGGCUCGCUGACCCAGGCCCACUGCCUCCUCUCAGGGUCCCAGGGUCAGGGGAGGAGUUUCCCUUUUGAAAUGCACUUUGCUUUUUUUGUAUGUUUUGUUAUGUUGAGAUGUUUCUAAAGAAGAGAUUUUAUGUAAUUAUAAGACAAAGUGGAGUGAACUGUACAGUUGUUGUAAUAAUGACCUAUUUCUAUAUAAAAUAAAAUUGUAUGCAUUAUGUGUAAAUUAUUUUGUAUCUGAGACACCACUUUCUUUCCCAAAUAUAAAAGUUUGAAAGUUUUCUUGUGUUUUUCUGUGAAUGGACAUUUUAUAAUAAAUUAACAAGUUUGUACAAUUUC